AUGUCAUCUUCUUUAACAGCUAUAGAUAAUAUCACUAUGGUUUCGCAGUAUGUAAGCUUCGGUACUAUUAUCGGUCAACUCAAGGAAGAAAAUGUUAGUCUUUUUGCCGAGCUAAACCGCUUGCUACGGCGCCAGCAAGAGUACGAAGAUGAAGCUCGGCGUCGCAUGGAUGUUGCUACUCACUUAUUCCAGGGUAGCCUGACAAAAUCCAUGGUCCAACUAGAUCAGAUAAUUCCCACGUUGAUGGAUCUUAAAAGGGAUAUAAAUGUUACUUCAGCAGAAAUAAGUACCGAAUUAAAUGGGCAUAUAAUUUAUUAG